AUUGCCGCAUGACACACUUUGCCUGAGGGCCUGGGGGCUCAGCAGCUAGCUGCUCUCCUCAUAACCUCACAUAAAAAGUGUGUUGGGAAGGAAUUUAAUUUAGUUGAUCUAAAUGGUAGAGAUGGUGUGUUUACACCUAGGGACAGUACCAUUUCUAAACGCCGUUGCUUGGAAAAUAAGUGUGCAAGCAAAAAUACAGCAAUAGGUCAGCCUCUUCUUGCUGCUAUUUCAUUAAAGGACUUUUUUCAAGUUAAUAUCUUGAAGGCAAUUAAUACAUUCUACAUUUCAUAUGACUGUUUAAGGACAGUAUUUUACUUUUAAAUGCAGCAGACCCCAGUGGAUGACGAAAUUCAGUGCGUUUUGGGUGAUUACUGUAUGCCUCCUUUGAAAGUGUGGAGGUAGAGCUGUGGAUGUGUCAGUUCCAAUCAAGAGAUUUUACUGCAAUGAAGGCGGCCUCUUAGAAAAGGCGUGAGGGAGUGUUCGCUCGUCUUUCUCUCUAAACUUUGAAACCAUUCAUGGAAGCUGAUGGGAAUGCCCCUGUUCCCUUGCGUCAGAAGGCAAAAAAGAAAAGUCAAGGGUUCUUUAUAAUGAGUCGACGGAGGAUAUCAUGUAAAGAACUGGGGCAAGCUGAUUGCCAAGGAUGGCUCUACAAAAAGAAGGAAAAAGGAGCUUUCAUUGGUAACAAAUGGAAAAAGUUCUGGUGUGUUCUGAAGGAGUCAUCGUUAUAUUGGUACAGCAGUCAGCUGGCUGAAAAAGCAGAAGGAUUUAUCAGACUUCCAGACUUCAGUGUGGACAGAGCAACGGAGUGCAAAAAAAAGCAUGCUAUUAAGAUCAGCCACCCACAGAUCAAGACAUUUUAUUUUGCAGCAGAAAAUGUUCUGGAAAUGAACACGUGGCUAAGCAAGCUGGGGAUUGCUGUAGAUCCUCAGGCACCCAAUGGAAAGAGCGAAGAAGAAUGCUAUAGUGAAAGUGAACAUGAUGACCCAGAAAUAACAGACACACUGCCUCCCUCAUAUGUGGCCCAGCCACCACCUCCUCAGUUACAGGAUCAACAGAAAUCCUCUUUGACAUCAACUCUGUCAAGUGAAGCAUCUUGUUCUCUUUCAUCUCCUGAAAGCACUUUCAAUUCCCAAGAAUCGUCAUCUUCCUUAACGUCCAAAGUGGUUUUUUCUGAGAGGCAGUCUCUGCUUGACUUCGUUAACAACUCUGCCAUGGAAGAGAGUGAUCAGCCUUUAACUUUCUGUGUGCAGAUUCAAUCUGAUGAGCAGCCAGAAGUAGACUGUGGAGAAAAAGCAGAAAGUCAGAUCUGUCCUGGUGGUGGACCUGAAAACACUUUCUUAGGUCUGGAUACACAUUGCCUAACUGUGCCAGAUGCAGCAGGACAGAUAACACUCGCCAAAGAUCAUGAAAAAUGUGAUGAUGAUGAGAUGGAGAGACUUUACAAGUCAUUAGAACAAGCAAGUCUGUCUCCCAUUGGUGAUCGCCGGCUGUCAACCAAGAAGGAGCUUAGGAAGUCAUUUAUCAAACGCAGCAAAAACCCCUCUAUUAAUGAGAAACUCCACAAAAUUCGAAUGCUGAACAGCACACUAAAGUGUAAGGAACAUGACUUGGCUACAAUUAACCAGUUGUUAGAGGACCCAAAGUUGACGGCGAUGAAAUACAGAGAGUGGAGGAACACAAACAUCAUGCUAGUUCAAGACAUCUAUCAGCAGCAGGAGGUCCAGGAUGUGUCUACGGAGAACAGUGAGGAGCAAGAGACAACUCCACUGCCUGUCACUGAAAGUGCUAUAUGAAGCCAUGGAUUGACAGUUGACUGCAAGAUUUUUUUCCCCAAGAGUCUUCACAUACAGACACUUUAAACUGCUGCAUUGUGAGGUUGAUUUUUUUGUCAAGUGUUCUUCAUAAGUUAAACAGCCCCUCCUCCAAAACUUUAUUUCCUUUUGUAAAUUCCUCUAAAUCAAAAAAAGGAUGCUUGAAUUUGGGUUAAGAAGAAUGUUUUAUGAAGCAGUGAACAAAUAUUUUUCCAUACUAGGAGAAGUGGUAUAUGUGCAAUUCCUGGAAGUCACAGUGCUGUAUAAUAUGGACUAUAUAAAUGUCAGAUCAUUGGGGUUGUAUUAAUCAUUGAACUUAUUGAUAAAAGAAGCUACAACAAUGCCAACAGUACGUAAUCUUCUAUCUACUUUUUGACCCUGUAUGGUAACUCAAAAUUUAUAUAUUUUUUUCAUCUCUACGUUCAUUCACUUUGACUGCUCUACCAGUCUAAACCAAGAAAAAAUGAGUAGAAAUUAUGCAUAAAUUUUUACUACACACCCUCUCAGACACCCAGUUUUGUAAUGCCUAAUGUUGUAUGACACUGACAUUUAUUUAUGGACCAGAACAAAGUACUGCCAUUCUUCAAGAACAGAAGGUCUCUCUGUGUUUGGUUACAUGUAAAUCACUCUUCAGUGAGGUAAAUAAUAUCUCAACGUAUUUCAACUUCUCUUAUGGAUUUGGCAGAAUUUCCUGGAAGGCUACUUGCUUCUUCCAUAUUUUAAAGAAGCAUGAGUAGAUAGGGUAUAAGUUCAUUCCAAACUCUCAAAUCAAGCAAGGUGAUCAAGUCUCCAAGGCAGAAGCAAAAAACUUAAAUUCCUGAUUUAAGUGGAACUGAAAACAUAAAGCAUAGCUGCAAAUGUUUUUGUAAAUAUAUGUCAUUUUAUGGCUUAUAUGAAUGUGACUAUGUACUGUAUAUAUGUUUUAUUUAUAUAUUUAUAUAUGCUGAAUUUCCUAAUCUUGAUAGGAUGACAUGGACCAGACUCACUUAGGUGAGAGUGCUUGCAUGUUGACUUGAAAUGCCUCUUUGUUCCAGUAUAAAUCAUUCAAGGGCUCUUGAAUGGAGAGUACCUUGAUACUUCUUCUGUAAUUGCCUAUUCUGUUUUCAACCUAGCUUUGUGAUUCAGAUGAAGAAAAUCUGUGUAUUUUAAGGCAAGGGUUUGUUUUUUGCUUUUCCAUAUUCAGCAUUAAUGCAAGUAGGAGGAACUUUUCAGAGUUUUGAAAAGCAAGAAUUAACCCAUCAUACUCCAAAUGAUGCCACUACAAAUACUGUGGGAAUCUGCUCUUCUGUUUGCUAUCUUGUAAAGAUACUGUCGUUAGUUUUUAUGGGGUUUAUCUUUUAAAGCAAAAUACAGCAUAUUCACCUGUUCUUAU